ACAAAUCUAAUUGAAAUAAUAAUAAAAAAAAAAUCUCAAAAAAAUGUUUUUGCAAAAAUAUAAAAAUGUUUUUCUUCAAUUUAACAUUUAAAAAUAAUCAAUGAUUUUUUUGUUUCUAUUGGUUUUUUCAACAGUGAAAAGUCUCAAAUACAAACCUAGAUGCAACCUAGACUUUUUAUUUGAUGGAGAUUUAAUUGAACAAAACAAAAUCUCUUGGGAGCGAAACUGUUCAAGCGAUAUUGAAGCAAUUUGCAAAAAAAGUAUUACAAUAUCUUACUUUAGCAUGCCCCCAUUUACAGAUGAUAAUACUUUUAGUAAAAAUUACUGGCCAGUUGAAGCAAUCUUAACACAAAUAAUUUCAGCUGGUUUGUCACAAUGCUGUGGAAACUGUUUACAGAUAGUAUUUAAUAAAGUGGAUAACAGAUCUCAACUAACUGAUGUAAAUACAAAAACGAAAAGUGAUAUUGUUUUUCCCAUGUUUACACAAGGAGCACCAAACAGAGUUAACACUACCAGAAGUCCUUCAACUAUUCCUAUUAUCAAACUAUCAACAGCAAUGUUUAUUACAACGCUUAGCAUUCCACCACAACUAUUUGCACGUGAUGUAUUAAUUGCUAUUUACAAUCUCUGGCCUUUAUUUGGAGUAUCAAUAAUGUUAGCUUUUACGUCAGGUGUAGUUAUGUGGUAUUUAGAUACCUGGUUUAAUAAAGCACAAUUUCCACGGAGAUUCAUACCUGGAUCAUUUGAAGGAUUUUGGUGGGCAUUUGUUUCUAUGACAACUGUUGGCUAUGGUGAUGUUUCCCCAAAAGGUCACAUAUCAAAAAUAUAUGCAAUGUUUUGGAUACUUUGUGGCAUCACAAUAACAGCACUAAUGACUGCAGCUCUAACAACAGCAAUUAAUGAAGUAUCAAAACGAUAUGAAGCCUCAGUGAACAGUGGAAAUAUUGGCAUAUUAAACAAUCAUAUUUUUGAAAAGGUACUUCUCAUGAAAGGAAAUGCAAAACAACAUUAUAUGGAUACAGUUGAAAAGUUAAUUGAAAAAGUUAAAGAUGUAAAAGGACCAAUCAGCGGAUUCCUAGUAGAUUCUUAUACUGCAAAAAACCAGCUUCAGACCCAUAUGGAAACAUCAGAUAACAACUUGUUUAUAAGAGAUGUAAUUUAUGAUGUUGACCAAUCAUAUUAUGGGGUUUCAAUAUAUGAUGAAUUUCUUUAUGACUUAUUUAAUGAGUAUAUAGACUACCAGAAAGAUUUGAUCAAUGAUUUUGUUUAUAAAAAGUUUAACAACUUGCCAGAUAUAUCAAACCCAAUAAUUGAAGCAAAUAUAUUGUUUACAACUCAAUCUGGUAUUUACAAAAAUGUAUUAAUUUGUAGUGCAUGUAUGAUUCUUUUUCUACUUUUUUUCGGAGCAAUUUAUGAACUUUGUUCUCUUAAAAUGAAAGCUGCAAGAGUUCACUCUAGAAAAACAAAUUUAAGUGAAGAAGAAUUAAAGAUUGAAAAUGAAAUAAAGCUCAUAACAGAAAAAUGGAAAAAAAAACUACCUGAAUUUGUAUUAGAAGGCACAUUUAAAGUGAGACAUAAUGAACAAACAAUUGUCAACUUGACUAUAAAAAAAAAGGAAGACGCAAAAGAAGAAAACCUUAAAGAAAAAAUUGUGAAUACUACAACAAAUAUCAAGACAAAAAAAAGUAAAAAUAAAAAUGUUAAUGGAAACAAGCUGAAUGAUUUCCAUAUUUAUAUAAAUAGUGAUCAAGAUAAAAACAGUCAAACAGAGAAAAAAACAAAUAAGAAAAGACCAUUGCCAAAGUUACAACCUUGACAACAAAAAAAGUUACAUUAAUUUGAAUCAAAAUAAAUUUUGCAUAUACAAUUA